CAGCCCGGCAACUGCGGAACGUCGCUUUAUUAACGGCGCAACGGGUUCCCCGCACAAGCGCGCAUCCAGACCCUUGGUCUGCAUGGGAGCUGAUGAGAUGCAUCCAUGAAUGCCGUGUAGAUAUAUAUAUGUGGGCAGCUGUUGUGGGCAUGCGUGUGUGCGUGCGUGCGUGCUCGCUCGCUCAACUUCUCACACACACCCUCCCGCACUCACCCUCACUCACUCACCAUCUAUUAACUUAGGUCCGUGCUGCUGCUGUUGGGACGAUUGAAUUAACGUCGCAUGCCCUACGCGACACUCUUCAACCGACUCCCGCCGAAACCGCUCGGCUCGCUCAACCUCCUCGUGCGCCGAUACACCGCCGCCGCCGCCGCCAUGUCUUCCACUACUACACACUACGCCGCCGUGGUCAUCGGGUCCGGCCAGGGCGGCACGCCGCUCAGCAUGGCCUUUGCGCAGGCCGGCCACAAGACGGCCCUGAUCGAGAGCGUCCACGUCGGUGGCUGCUGCGUCAACGAGGGCUGCACGCCGACCAAGACCAUGAUCGCCUCCGGGCGCGUCGCCUACCUGGCACGGCGCGGCAACGACUACGGCGUUUCGACCGUGGGUGGGAGCGGCAGCGGCGGUAGGAACGAGGUGCACGUCGCCAUGGAAAAGGUGAGGCAGCGCAAGCGCGACAUGGUCGACAGCUUCCGCUCCGGCAGCGAGCGCAGGGUCCGCGACGCCGGGGUCGAGCUCAUCCGCGGCGCGGCGAGCUUCCGGGAUGACCGGACGCUCUGCGUUCGCCCUGGAGCUGACGGAAGCGCCGAGACAACGCUCACUGCGGACCGCAUCUUCAUCUGUACCGGGGAGCGGCCCGCGAGCCCCCGCAUCGACGGCUUCGACGCUGCGUCGUUCCCACCCGGCGUCGUCCUCGACUCCACGUCCGUCCAGGAGCUGGGCGAGGUGCCGUCGCACCUCGUCGUCGUCGGCGGCGGCUACAUCGGCCUCGAGUUUGGCCAGCUGUUCCGUCGUCUCGGGGCCGAGGUGACGAUCCUGCAGCGCGGGAAGCAGCUGCUGCCGCGCGAGGACCCCGAGGUGGCCGAGGCCAUGCUCAAGAUUGUGCGAGAGGAUGGCAUCAGGGUGCUGCUCAAUACGUCGCCGACGGCUGUCCGUCCCGGCUCCGGCUCCGGCGACCAGUCCGCUGCCGUCGUGUCCGUCUCUACCACGGCUUCCGGGCCGGACGCGGAGUUGCGCGGCUCGCACGUCCUCUUCGCCGCCGGUCGCGUCCCCAACACGGACGGCCUCGACCUCGCUGCCGCCGGCAUCGAGACGACACCACGGGGCCACGUCAAGGUCGACGCGCAGCUGCGCACAUCCAAUCCGCGCGUCUGGGCGCUGGGCGACGUCAAGGGCCCGCCGGCCUUUACGCACGUUUCUUACGAUGACUUUCGCCUGCUGCGUGCCAACCUCCUCCUAGGAGACGACAAGGCCACCACCACCACCGGCGACACGCCGCCACUGACGACAGAGGGGCGGAUCCUCCCGUACGUCGUCUACACGGACCCGCAGCUGGGCCACGUCGGGCUGCACGAGCACGAGGCGCGCCGCGACCUGCCGCCGUCGGGCCGCACCAUCCAGGUCGCCAACAUGCCCAUGUCGUACGUGGCCCGCGCGCUGGAGACGGGCGAGACGCGCGGGCUCAUGAAGGCCGUCGUCGACGCCGACUCGCAGCAGAUCCUCGGCUUCACCUGCCUGGGCCUCGAGGGCGGCGAGGUCAUGAGCGUCGUGCAGAUGGCCAUGAUCGGGCGCGUCAAGUGGACCGCCCUGAGGGAGGCCGUGUGGGCGCACCCGUCGCUGGCGGAGAGCUUGAACAACCUCUGGGGCUUCUUGAAAUGAACCGGUUCGCUUGUCUUUGUCAAGGGCGCACAAGAAGGAAAAGCUGUGAAGGGGCAACUUUGUUGACUGGCCUCGCGCUGGGCGGGCUGUCUGUUGGAGAAAUUUUGCCUCAUGGAACCAGGUUAUCUUACGACGUCACACGAGACAGUGUAAUUGAUUAGGUCGAUAUUGACUCUGCUUUUUUCCCC